AUUUGUAUUGACUUUUCCUGGGCAAAAAACAAAACACCGGUUGAUCAGAAAAGCAUCCAAAAAACACAGGAAAUAAUGGAAAAGGAAAAACCGGAAGAGUCUGAACAGGAUUUCCCGAGAUUAAGAGAAACAUUAACUAGUGAGUUUGACAAACUACCUGAAUCCCUGGAGCAGAAUCACCAGCUUCUGAAGAAAACCAGCAUCCUCCGGGAACAGUACAAUGUAUCUAAUAAUGUUUCUGCUGAUUCCUAUGUGCCUGCUGAGAGUGUUCGUGCCUGCAUGGAGAUUAUCUGUAAUAUUUCAGAAUUGCUGGAAUUGCAGAAAUCCGGAGAGGGAAUAAACCCAGAUGAAUUGAAAAUACUUAAAGAUCGACUGGAAAAUGAAUCAACAAAGAUCAAUAUGGUUAGCGAUUACUUGAAUGAAGUCUACGUUCCGGACACAAGUUUACAUCAACGUCCUGAGUUGGAUUUCUCCUUUUCCCCUGAUAACUCCUUCGAUUCCGUGAGCUAUUUCGGGAAAUAA